AUGACUUCCUCCACAACUUCUUUAUUCAUUCUUCUUCUCGUCGCCACGUCGUCAAUGUGGAUUGGAGAAGCGGAAGCGGCAAGAAUGGUUCCACAGUCCUACGGGGGCGUCGAGCCAGGAAUCCAAUUUGAAUUGCUGACAGCCAAACGUGGUGACGGCUACGGAUGGAACGAUUGCGAAUUCUCACCGCUCAGCUGUCUUCUCAGACGACGUCGACGAUCGAUUCAGUGA